AGGGCUCCUUGGGGCAGGGGUCAGGGUGCUCUGUGGCCACGGCUCUGCUGCGUUCGUGCCAGGGUUUAACCGUGAUGUGUCCCGCUUGGGGUGGGUUUUGGGGGCUGGUUUCCCUUCCUUCCUCGUCUGAAGGGCGGUUGGUGCCAGGCGCUCAGCGCCAGUGGGUUGCCAGUCCCAAAGUGGCAGCUCCCAGACAAUCCAGGUUUUAUUUCGGUGCUUGGUCAGUGCAUUGGUGCUCCCCAGUGAUGUCCCUACUGGGGUGGGGCCACCCACUCUCCCCCUCUCACUGCUGUGUGGGAACUGGGGCUGCAUCCAUAGUGCCGAGAGUGCUGGUGCCGGGAAGGGCCAGAGGGAGCUGGCUGUGGGUGUGGGUGCCGUCGGCCACCCAUCAUUAGGAUGCAGGUCCAUCGCCAUCUCCCUGGAGACCAUGGGAAUGGAGGCCGGGUGAGUCGUGUCUGGGGCGGUGGCAGCUGUGCUGGGAGAGGGCAGCUGUGUGCCGGGGUGCCGAUGAAUUACUGCCCUGUGCCGGCUCCGGCCUUUGUUCCCCAUUGUCGGCACAGGAAUGGGGGAGCAGGGGAAGCGUGCAGGGAGCCGGGGCACCGGGGCUGAUGGCCAACCCUGCAUGUCACUCGAGCCCACUGCAGGUUUAACCAUCGGUAACAAUUUCAUAUUUUUGUCCUUGAACUAAUUAUCCACAAAAGCUCUUUGGAGCUGACACGGGUGGGAGCUGCCGUUCGGGUGCGGUGAUCCCAUGUUUAACACUCAGGGCACUCCCAGGCCACUGCAGGCCCUUUGUGCCGCUGAAGGGAGCCAUAUGCUGCAGAGGCAUCUCCAAGGAUCUUGCAGGGACAGCAGAGAAAGGGAUUUCUGAGUGCUGCUGAAUGCGGCCGCCAAUCACCCGCCGUCCAGGCCGGCUGCCUUGUGCGAGCCUGGAAUGCGCGGCUCCGGCAAACACGGGCUCGUGUUUGGAGUCAGGAUUUGCCAUCUGGGGGAAUGAGCUCCACAAGCUUUUAAUUGGCGUCAGUGUCUGCCCUGCCCUGUUCUCACGUUUGCUGCCACUCCCAAGUCCAGCUCCUGUGUAAUUCCAUCGCAGGGAAGCAGCUUCCGUGGUGGCGCUGCUGGAGGAUGAUCCUUCCCUGUGCUCAUCCAGAUUGUCUUUGCCUGGCAGGCGGCUGGCCCUGAACACACCAGCCAGUGACCCACCCCCUCACUGCUCCGCUCUCCCACAGCACUUUGCUCACGCCCUGGAUUUUUAUUGGGUUUAACUGGCUCUGUAAUAGUUUCAUGGCAGGAAUUCCGCUCCCAUCAAAACCUGCUCCUGUGAAUAUUCCCCCACAGUAUGAGGGAGGGGAUGUGGUGGAAGCCCCCGUGCCAGCUUGGUGUCCCCCCUGCCAUGUGAAGUGUGCAGCCCCUUGUAGCACAUCCAGCCACUGUCCCGUGGAGUCUCACUGCACCUGGAGCUGCAGGACCAGCUCCUGGCAGGAGUCAGGACACCAGCAUCGUGUCUCAGGGGUCAGGGCCGGUCCCGGGUGCAAACCCCCAGCUGUGCACCAGCUGUGCCGGCCGGCAAGUGGGGCAGCCAAAUCCCACUGCAGCAACACCUCAGAUGGCAAAGCCCAGAGCCCCCCAAGCAGGGGGUUUCCUCCCCUUUCCUCCUCCUCACCCCCAUUGCCCUCCUCCCAGCUCUGGGGCCGACAGUGAAAUCCCUCUUGCUGGGCCCAGCCCUGCCCUCUCUGCUCCGCUCCCGUUGCUCCGCAGGGAUCUCGGGCUCCAGGGCUGCCCCCGGGUGCUUCUCUUCCAGGUUCUAUUGAUGCUCCCAGCGCAGUUCUUGUGCCAGUCUCUCCUGAGGAGCUGAGAGCUGCAGAGCAGUGAAGAUACUGAUACAAAGAGAGGGGGCAGCCACCCUCCAGCAGCCAGCUGGGUGCCAGCACCAAGGACCUUCUCCCAGGACCUUCCUCCAGGACCAGGGACAAGACCUUUCCUCAGAACCUCCCCUGGGACCCUCCUGACUGUCACUCUGCAGUUUUCCCAGGUACUCCAUCCACAUGGACCCUGUGCUGCAUGUCUCCCAUAGCAGUCUCUGCUUCUGAAUUUGCUUCAGAGCUGUGGGUGCCACGAACAUUAAACCUUCAAACACAAGAGGCUGAACCCUGCAGGACACCAGGACUCUGCCAACAGACCUGUCCAGGACUCUGAGUUUCCCACCCCUUGCCAAACCCAGAGCCAAGAGUGCAGGAAGCACUGGAGAGCAGCCCCUCACAGACAGCCUGGGGAGUAAAGAACAAGUUCCUCAGAGGCUGUGAAUAAACAGUCGGUAAUUAAGGGCUCCAGCAAACGGGGAGUUUGCUGAGUGCAGCCCCGGGGAGGCCAGUGGGGAUGGGUUGGGGUGAGCAGGCUGUGUCCCUGCCAUGUGCAUCCCACUGUGGCAGGAGUGCAGGAGCCUUCGGGGUGCUGACAGCGGGGGAAGAAAUCCACAGGACAGGGAGCCUGCCCCUGGCUCCUGCCUCUGGAAAACGUACCAUGAUGGAGUUCCAGGCUCAGCACAGCCUGUUCAGCUAAAGCUGAGUGUCCUCACAGAGAUCUUCACCGGCUGCUUCCCGACCUGUCUGCAGUGGACAUGGAGAGCAGCUUUUUCCUUCCUUCUUUGUGGCAGCUCCUCGUCCGUCGCAGAGGGGACAGCAGCCAGUCCUGGGGACUUUGACCCGGCAUGGGAAAGAGAUGGACGGGAUGCCCCAUUGGAGGGACUGUGGCAAGAGGAACAGGGUCAGAGAAGAGCCGUCACCCUUUAAGUGCCAAGCCGAGGUCUCCCACCCUGCAGUGCCAGAAGACUCGGAACAGGAUUUAGUGCAAGAAGAGGAAGAACAGUUGAUGGAAGAAAGGAAAAAGAGAAAAGAAGACAAGAAGAAGAAGGAAGCUGCUCAAAAAAAGGCCAUUGAACAAAAAAUCAAAGUGCCAGAACAAACCAAGACAAGUGUAAGCCAGCCUCAGCCUGUCACCUCCAACGGCACUUCCACAGGAACCAGCACUACUAAUAAUGCCAAGCGGGCCCCAGCCAGCAGCCAGCAGCAGCCCUUGCCUCGAUACCCUCCUCGGGAAGUACCACCGCGAUUCCGACACCAGGAACAGAAACAGCUUCUGAAACGAGGGCAGCAGUUACCAGUGAUAGCUGCAAACCUGGGAUCCACUCCCAAAGUGUUGAACGGCCAGUCAGGAGGCAGCACUGUCACCAGUAACCAGCCCGUGACCAACGGAGAAGUGCCCAACAGCAGCAAAAAACAGCCAGGCAUGCCUCCCAUUCGGGACUUGGUGAGCCACUCCCCUAACCAGUCAGAUCUGAACCACAGUGGUCUAGGAUCCCAUUAUGAAAAUUCUCACUGGGGACCAGUCUCUUCAAAUAGUGACUCCAGCACAAACUGGGAUAAAGUUAUCGUAGACGGCUCUGACAAAGAAGCAUGGCCAUCAAUCACUGGCAGUGACCCAGAGCUGACUUCAGAAUGUAUGGACACUGACUCUGCCUCCAGCUCUGGGUCAGAGCGGAACCUCGUUAUCAUGGCUUCAGGGAGCACAGGCGGAGAAGGCGAUGGCAUUCGCAAUGGCAUCGGACAUGGGUCUCAGAAUAAGUUUGUGGUUGGUAGCAACAGCAAUAAUGUGGGCAAUGGAAGUAUUAAUGGGCCGUGGGGGUUAUCCCAUGGAUCCAUAAUAAGCACAUGUCAAGUUUCUGUGGAUGCUCCUGACAGCAAAUCUGAAAGUAGCAACAAUAGAAUGAAUGCUUGGGGCACCAUAAACUCUUCAUCAAAUGGAGGGUUAAAUCCAAGCACUUUGAAUUCAAAUGGCAACCAUGGUGCCUGGUCCGUGUUGGAGAACAGUGGACAUGCCCUGAAAGGGUCCGUGGGGAGUGGGAGUCCUGGCACAAGCAUUCAGUGCAGUACCAUAGGUCAGAUGGCCAACAGCCAGAGUAUUAACUCGAAAGUGGGUGGCUCAGCCCACGGUUCCUGGGGAAGCCUUCAGGAAAGUUGUGAUUCUGAAUUAAAUGGUACAAGGAAUGUUUCAUUCAGUGGGCAACCUCAAAACCUUAACACUGAAAUGAAUGGACCAAAUAACACUACUAACUUUAUGACCUCUAGUUUACCAAACUCUGCUGGUUCGGUGCAGAUGAACGAGCUGCCCAACACCGCAGGGCCCGGGGCCUGGCGCGUGAGCACAAUGAAUCAUUCUCAGAUUCAGGCCUCUCCAGUGGCAAACGGCACUUCCAUCUCUCACCUGAGCAAUGGUGAGGCCAAAACCGGCGGCUCUUACGGUACUACCUGGGGUGCCUAUGGUUCCAGUUACUCUGGAGACAAAUGUCCAGGCCCAAACAGCCAAGCUAAUGGUGACACUGUGAAUGCAACUCUAAUGCAGCCGGGCGGGAGCGGGCCUGGCAGCACUAACUUUCAAAUCAAUGGGAAUAAAGGAGGAGGGGUGUGGGAGGCAGGGACAGUCAACUCCCAGAACAUGCCGUGGGGAAGCGGGAACGGUGCAAGUGCUGGCGGGAGCAGAAGAGGAUGGGGCAACCCUGCACAAAGCACUGGCACUAACAUUUCCAAUGGGGAAUGGAGCAAACUGCCUAGUAAUCAGCAUUCCAAUGAAAGUGUGAAUGGAAACAGCAGGAAGUUUACAAAUGGAUGGAAGUCUACUGAGGAGGAUGAUCUUAACAGCCAGAGUUCUGCUGCUUCCCAGAUGGCUGAGCAGAACAGCACAUGGGCCAAAACAGGUACGGGGGACAGCGAGGGGAGCUCGGAGAGCACUGGGUGCCAUGAGGACAGAGGAGCUGCAGAAGGCCAGAACCGAGAGAGGAGGAAGGUUGACCAGCACACGUUACUCCAAAGCAUAGUGAACAGAACUGACUUAGAUCCACGUGUCCUCUCCAACUCUGGCUGGGGACAGACUCCAAUCAAACAGAACACUGCCUGGGAUACCGAAACGUCACCGAGGGGUGAAAGAAAAACUGACAAUGGGACAGA